AUGUAUUUAAGUAACAAAUUAAUUUUAUCAACAUUAAGUAAAAAAUAUUUGUCCACGAGUAAUGACGAUAAAUUUGUUAAACUUUUUGUUACCGAUCGUCAUGGUGAAACACAUGAAGCUAAAGCAAAAAUUGGUACCAAUAUGUUAGAUGUUAUUAUUGAUAAUAAAAUUGAUAUUGAUGGUUUUGGUGCUUGUGAAGCAACUCUUUCGUGUAGUACAUGUCACGUAAUUUUAUCAAAAGAAAGUUAUGAAUCUUUACCAGAACCAGUGGAUGAAGAAAAUGAUAUGUUAGAUUUGGCAUUCGGUUUAACACCAACAUCUAGACUGGCAUGUCAAAUUAUUGUCGGAAAUCAAAUGGAAAAUUGGACAUUUGUUGUUCCAAAAGAUGUUCAUGAUGCACGUCAAGAUAUUUAA